AUGAUCUCCAGGCUUGGGAAGUCAGACCCUUUCCUCAGUCCCAUCCUGAAGGAGUUGAGUCUUCCCAGAAGAGGCUCCCUCUGCAGAACAAACAACAGAAAAAGCCUGAUAGGAAGCAGCCAGUCUUCAGUGUUACCGCGGCCGCACUCCCCCCUCUCGUCGCUUACAGGGACAAGCCCACAAGACAGUCCCAGAAACUUCUCUCCCAGUACCUCGGCCCAUUUCUCUUUUGCACGAAGUCACUGCCACAGAGCAGACAGAACCGACGGUCGCAGGUGGUCCCUGGCCUCCUUCCCCUCAUCUGGUUAUGGAACCAACACGCCCAGCUCCACCGUCUCUUCAUCCUGUUCAUCACACGAAAAACUGCAUCAGCUGCCCUUCCAGCCCACGCCUGAUGAGCUGCACUUCCUCUCGAAACACUUCUACACUGAAAGCAUUGCUGGAGAUGACUGUCACAGAGCCACGGCCAUGCGGCCCCGCUCACGCAGUCUGAGCCCUGGAAGAUCUCCAUCAUGCUACGACCAUGAGAUUAUCAUGAUGAACCAUGUCUACAAGGAACGCUUUCCCAAGGCAACGGCUCAGAUGGAGGAGAGGAUCCAGGAGAUCAUCCGCAGCAACUCUCCUGAGAGUAUCCUCCCUUUGGCGGACGGUGUUCUGGGCUUCGCCCACCACCAAAUCAUCGAGCUGGCCAGAGACUGUCUGGAGAAAAGCCGACAGGGACUCAUCACCUCCAUCUACUUCUGUGAGCUCACGGACAAACUGGAGCGGCUCUUUCAGGAGUCCACGGAAAGGUCGGAGAGCGAGGAAGUGAACUUUAUCAAAGAACUGGUAAAGAAGAUCCUCAUUGUCAUCGCCCGACCAGCUCGGCUGCUGGAAUGCCUGGAAUUUGAUCCAAAGGAAUUUUAUCACCUAUUGGAGGCUGCUGAGGGACACGCUAAGGAAGGUCAGGGCAUAAAGACGGAUAUUCCCCGCUACAUCAUCAGUCAGCUUGGACUCACACGAGACCCUCUGGAAGAAAUCGCUCAGUUGACAAGCUGCGACAGCGGGCUUGCAGAAACUCCUGAAACAGAUGAUUCUUCUCAGAGCCUGAGUGCAGCUUUGCGAUCUCGGCGUCGACCCUGUGAAAUGGAUUUCGGGAUGACAAAACUAAUCAGCAAUGGCGCCUAUGGUGCUGUGUACCUGGUGCGACACAAGGAGACCAAGCAGCGUUUCGCCAUGAAGAAGAUCAACAAGCAGAACUUGAUUUUGAGAAAUCAGAUCCAGCAGGCGUUUGUAGAAAGAGACAUCCUCACCUUUGCUGAGAACCCCUUUGUGGUCUCCAUGUACUGCUCCUUUGAGACGAGGCGGCACCUGUGCAUGGUCAUGGAGUAUGUGGAAGGAGGAGACUGUGCCACCCUCUUGAAGAACAUGGGUCCCCUGCCUGUGGACAUGGCCAGGAUGUACUUUGCAGAGACAGUCCUGGCCCUGGAGUACCUACACAACUAUGGCAUUGUCCACAGGGAUCUCAAACCUGACAAUUUGCUGAUCACCUCGAUGGGGCACAUCAAGCUGACAGAUUUUGGGCUGUCCAAGGUGGGGCUGAUGAAUAUGACAACGAAUCUGUAUGAGGGACACAUAGAGAAAGAUGCCAGGGAGUUCUCUGACAAGCAGGUGUGUGGGACCCCUGAGUACAUCGCACCGGAGGUGAUCCUGAGGCAGGGCUACGGGAAGCCGGUGGACUGGUGGGCGAUGGGAAUCAUCCUCUACGAGUUCCUGGUGGGCUGCGUGCCCUUUUUUGGAGACACACCCGAAGAGCUGUUUGGACAGGUCAUCAGCGAUGAAAUCAACUGGCCUGAGGGAGAGGACGCCCCACCUGCUGACUCUCAGAUGCUCAUCACCCUGCUGCUCAGGCAGAAUCCACUAGAGAGGAUGGGGACAGGUGGAGCUAUUGAGGUAAAGCACCAUAAAUUCUUCCACAACUUGGAUUGGAACAGCCUACUAAGACAAAAAUCAGAGUUUAUUCCCCAGCUUGAGUCUGAGGAUGACACCAGCUACUUUGACACUCGCUCUGAGAGAUACCAUCAUCUUGACACUGAAGAGGAGGAUACAAAUGAUGAAGACUUUAAUAUGGAGCUGCGGCAGUUCUCCUCCUGUUCUCACAGAUUCUCUAAGGUUUACAGCAGCCUGGAUCUGUCCCGUGGCCAGCUGGAGGAGAAAGGGGAGACGGAGGAGAAGAAGAGCGAGAGCCCACUAACUGUAGACUCUCUCAGUUGGACACCAGACCUUGCUGAAAUGCCUUCCCUGUCCCACUCCACAGACACAGAGAGUGUGAACCAAGGCCCUUGUCCCGGCUCCAGCAUCUUACCCAAGUUUGCCAUCUCAGCUGAGAAUGAGGGCAGUGAGUCCGCCGGCCUUGGAGACCCAAGCAAGGCCUCUUUCUCCAUCGGAGAGCUGCCCCAGGAUGAGCCUGAUGUCACCACUCCUGGCAGCACCCACAGUGGAGCCACAUUAUCUGGGAGUUUUUCAGAGCAUUUGGACCAGCUGACUUCCAGAGGUGAUGGUGCAGAGAGCCCAGACAGUACCAGUCAAACCUUUGGGGACCAGGGGGACCAACACACCACCCUGAGGCCCGAGGGUCAACGGGAGAAACUGAGAGCUGUGGCUAAAGUCCCGAAGUCUGUCUCAGCCAGUGCCCUUUCCCUUAUGAUCCCCAAUGGGGUGUCUCCGCUCGCCAGCCCCCUGUCGCCUUACUCCCUUUCCUCGAACCCCUCCUCGAGAGACUCCUCUCCUAGCCGAGACUCCUCCUUCUGUGGCACCAACCUGCGGCAGCCCACGAUCAUCCACAGCUCCGGGAAGAAGUUCGGCUUUACGCUGAGGGCCAUCCGGGUAUAUUCCUGCGACGGUGACAUUUACACUGUGUACCAUAUGGUCUGGAAUGUGGAGGACGGUGGCCCUGCCCAAAAAGCUGGACUGAAAGCUGGAGACCUCAUCACUCAUGUGAACGGGGAGCCGGUCCAUGGUUUGGUCCAUACUGAAGUAGUGGAGCUCCUGCUGAAAAGCGGUAGUAAAGUGGCCAUCUCUACAACCCCCUUUGAAAACACCUCCAUAAAAACCGGUCCUGCCAGGAGGAAUAGCUACAGAAGCAAGAUGGUCAGAUGUACCAAGAAGCCCAAGAAGGAUAAGGUUCCAGAGAGGCGGCGCUCGCUUUUUAGGCGUUUUGCCAUGCAGCCUUCCCCUCUCCUGCACACCAGCCGUAGUUUCACCUCUCUGAACCACUCGCUUUCAUCUGGUGAGAGUCUCCCAGGCUCCCCCACCCACAGCCUGUCCCCUCGCUCCCCUACUGCAGCCUUUCGCCCCACACCAGAAUUAAACCAGUCAGGUGGCAACUCCUCGCAGAGUAGCUCUCCAAGCUCCAGCGCCCCCAACUCCCCAGCAGGAUCAGGCCACAUCCGUCCAAGCAGCCUCCAUGGCCUCGGCCCCAAGCUGACAGGACAAAGGCUCCGUCAAGGGCGCCGCAAGUCAGCUGGUAACAUACCGGUCUCUCCUCUGGCCCGGACACCGUCUCCUACACCACAACCAACAUCUCCUCAGCGCUCACCUUCCCCACUCCAUGGUGGACACCCUGUCACAAUCACUAAGACAACCCAGGCCUUUCCAGCCAAGAUGCACUCCCCAUCUACAAUCGUCCACCAUAUUGCAUGCCCAAAAAGUGCUGAACCUCCCCGCUCACCCCUCUUGAAACGUGUCCAAUCUGAAGAGAAACUGUCUCCCUCCUAUACGGGGGAUAAGAAGCACCUGUGUCCCAGGAAACAUAGCCUGGAGGUGACCCAAGAGGAGGCACUGGGUGAGGAGCUGAAGUCUGGGCAGAAGGAUAAUCCCAAUUUGCAGAGUGUGGAGGAGACCCUGUCUGAGCCACUGACCAUAACCCGUGUUCGUCCUGCUGAGCAAGGAUGCUUGAAGAGGCCAGUCACUCGAAAGGUAGCCCGACAGGAGUCCGUGGAGGAGCUUGACAAGGAAAAGCUGAAGACUAAGGUGGUGGUAAAGAGUCAAGACUGGUCAGAGAGGAGGGAAUCACUACAAAAGCAAGAUGCCCUGCGUGAGUCUGACUUUUCGACCCUAUACGGUGAAGACAGAGACAAAGGCUUUCUGGUUUGGGGUCAAAGCAAACCUCAGAGUAGCCUAGAGGUCAAAGCUUCCAGUGGCACCCUUAAAGAUGUGCUUUAUAAGAAACUCAACACACGUGUCUGUGAGAGCAUCCCCGAGCCGCCUGGCACCAGCAGUUUUGAUAGUGAGGGGGGACUCCGGUCACCUUUGUGUUCUGUUCACCCAGACUGGCAACUUUCCAGACAGAGUCGGGAGUCUAUAAAGCCAGACAGACUGGACUUUAAAGCUCCAAACAUAGAGUUUAAUAGAAAGAGGUUAUCAUUUGAAGAACGGGAUGAUAGCAUAUGUAGGUUGUCUCCCAGCAUUCAUGACAGCAUCCACUUUUGCACCACCAGGUCCAAAAGCCUCCAGUUGGACUCAACCAUAUCCCAUGACCACAUGAAAGGAGGCAUGGGCAAUGUUCAUUCAAACCCUGAAGGCCUGGUUCCCAAACACUUCUGUAGUAGGGGGGAAAGUGCAGUGGAAAAGCUCCAGCUGAUUUCUUCAACAGAGUCUCCACUCCGUAAGACUUCCUCUGAAUAUAAACUGGAGGGGCGCCUCGUUUCUUCCCUCAAACCUUUGGAGGGCACCCUGGACAUUGGCCUGCUCUCAGGCCCAAGGGUGUCCAAAACAGACACCUGCCUGUCUAAAAUGGUGGACAACCAAAGUGACAGUAUUUCUACGGGGCCUCCACUGUGGCUCCAGAGCCCCACUGAAAAACAAAUAUCGAGCCCCCAGCUCAAACCUACAGAAAAAUUAAAGAGUCCUCUUGUUAGUGCACCAAGCCCUGGACCUCUUUCAACUCUUACUGGUAUAAUUACCUUCAAAGAGCAGUCAGGUCAUUCAGCAGCAGAAUUGAAAGGCAGUGCCGGUGGUGAGAAACCACAAGACAGACACAGUGAACCACUGAAGACACCUUCCUCAAAAGUGGAGGCCCCAGCCUUUAGUGAAGAAGCUGAUGACUGCAUAGAGCUGAAUGGCACAGAAGAUGGUAGAAAGAAGUGGACACCUUUCAUUUCCAACCCCUUCGGCUUCACCAAACAACUGCUGGGACAGAAGCGCAGCAGGAGCUUGGGUUGCUUAAAGGAGGAACUCGACCGACACAUCCACAACACCAACAGUGACCCUCAAACGCAGCAGCAGCUGGAUCAAUGCAACAUCCUGAUGGACCAACUACCAGCCUAUAAGGUCUACAAGGACUGUUCUUUGCUACUCAAGAUCCUGAAAGUCAUGAGGAGUUGUGGAGAGGUGGCAAAGCAGUGGAGGUUGGCCAAAGGAGUCUGGAUCCUUAAGGAAGAUGAUUCAACGAGAACCAGCCUGUUGGGGAUCAUCUCCUUGCUAAGUGUCGAAGGGAGGCAGCUGACCGACUUCCUCUGCAACAACAGCUACUUAGACACCUCAGUACAGAGGGGAGGCAUGCUUGGGUUGCUGGGUUGUAUUGAGCACACGGGAGUGGUGACCCAGCUCAUCAGAGAAGCCUGGUAG